CCGCUCCCCAGCCUCUAAAUGUUUGUCUGCUACGUCAAUAAAUGUGAUUGUUUUGAUUUCUAGACUCUUUGGUUGUGUUCCAAGUCAAAAUUUUGGCUAGAUUUCUGUAUUUGAUAACCUAUUCAAGCUAUGGAUUGCAAUAAUGGAGUGCCCUCACAGGUUUCUACCCUCUCUAGGGCUGAAAAAGCUUUGGUGAAACGGAACGUCAGCCGCCCUUCUUUGGCUAAUAACGCACUGAAUCCACAGUUUUGUGAAGAUUCUGCUACUGAAGAUCAUGUAAAAACUAAAAAGGCAAAGAACCAGCCAAGAGGAUAUACUUUUUGGGCGCUGGUGUUUGUUUUGUGUGUUGUUGCAUUAGGGAACUUUUUUCUCACCAUAACUAUUUUCAGUGUUCUUCAUGUUACAAAAUCAAUGGAGAACAUUGAAGUUGUCCCCACUGCAAAUCUCAUCAAGUUUUUUGGUGAUCUGGAGAUGAACAAACUCAUGAAAGCUGAUGGAAUGAUUAGUGGCUUUAAAGAGAGCCCAGUUACAAUUACCAGUGAUGGAGAUGAUCUUAACUUCAAGGUUAUGAGUGAUGAAGAACCAGAGAUCAUAAUCAGUCAAGAUAAAGUCGAAUUUCGGAAAGUCGAGGGUUUCGAGAUGUUCGAACCGCGCACAACCCCAAAGACUAGCGCAUUUUCUACAACUUUUCCUAAUUUUGGUUUGCCUAAAGGUGUUUUAAACUUGCACAUCAAGAAAGCCACGGCCAACAGGAUUACUAGCAAGUUGGAAGGCUCCUUACUUAUCAGAUCAGAGAAAGCCAUUCGCGUGAAAGGCAAAGAGGGAAUGAGGAUCCGGGGCAAAGAAGUUGUAAUGAGAGCCGACCAGGAUCUUCUGUUGCGCAGUAUCAAUGGAAGCAUUAUUUUAGACGGAUCUGAUGGCGUAAUAAUGGAUGUAGACGCCAUGGCCGUGACUGGGAGACUUGAAGAUCACAACGCAACAAAAGUGGCUGAAUACAAGUUGUGCAUCUGCAUGCCGGCCGGGCAACUUUUCCGAAUCCCUGUUCUUGAAAGCACUGAUACAAUCAAUUGCGAUUCUGUUGAUCUCACGGGCGAUGAUAAUCCUUGCAUUUAACUCUCAAUACUCACAAAAAAUCUUUUUUUUCUAGUCAAUAAUUGAACCAAACUAGUCAUUGUUGUUCACACCGAAAGUCAAUACACGGAAACAUCAAAUCUUUA